CCCAGCUCGGUCGAGGCGCGGGCCGGAGCUCCCCUACCCACCCCAGAAUCACCGCUACCUCGCCUAGGCCGCUGCGCCUGCCCCGGCCGCCAUGGCUGGGGGCCGUGGGGCCUCUGGACGCGGCCGGGCUGAGCCGCAGGAGAGCUAUUCGCAGCGACAGGACCACGAGCUGCAGGCCCUGGAGGCCAUUUACGGCUCGGACUUCCAGGAUCUGCGGCCGGAUGCGCGCGGACGGGUGAGAGAGCCUCCUGAAAUCAACUUAGUUCUUUACCCUCAGGGCCUAGCUGGUGAAGAAGUAUAUGUGCAAGUGGAACUGAGGGUUAAGUGCCCGCCGACAUACCCAGAUGUAGUUCCCGAAAUAGAGUUAAAAAAUACUAAAGGCCUGUCGAAUGAAAGUGUUAAUUUGUUAAAAUCACACCUGGAAGAACUGGCCAAAAAGCAGUGUGGAGAGGUGAUGAUAUUUGAACUGGCACGCCAUGUGCAGUCGUUUCUCAGCGAGCAUAACAAGCCCCCGCCAAAGUCUUUCCAUGAAGAAAUGCUGGAAAGGCAGGCUCAGGAGAAGCAGCAGAGGUUGCUGGAGGCCAGGCGGAAGGAGGAGCAGGAGCAACGUGAAAUCCUCCACGAGAUUCAGAGAAGGAAAGAGGAGAUCAAGGAAGAGAAGAAAAGGAAGGAACUGGCUAAGCAGGAACGUUUGGAAAUUACUAGUUUGACAAACCAGGACUAUGCCUCUAAGAGAGACCCAGCAGGGCACAGGGCAGCUGCCAUCCUCCACGGAAGCUCUCCUGACUUUGUAGGAAAUGGUAAAGCCCGGACACACUCCUCAGGAAGGUCCAGGCGAGAACGUCAGUAUUCUGUGUGUAGUGGUGAACCCUCUCCUGGCUCGUGUGACAUCCUCUAUUUCUCUGUGGGUAGCCCUGAUCAGCUCAUGGUGCACAAAGGGAGAUGUAUUGGCAGUGAUGAGCAGCUGGGAAAGGUGGUAUACAAUGCUUUGGAAACAGCCACUGGCAGCUUUGUCUUGCUGCAUGAGUGGGUCCUUCAGUGGCAGAAGAUGGGCCCUUGCCUUACCAGUCAAGAGAAAGAGAAGAUUGACAAGUGCAAAAGGCAGAUUCAAGGAGCAGAAACAGAAUUCAGCUCCCUAGUGAAACUGAGCCAUCCAAAUAUCAUCCGCUACUUUGCGAUGAACUCCAGAGAGGAGGAGGACUCCAUUGUGAUCGACAUUCUGGCAGAGCACGUCAGUGGCAUCUCUCUGGCUACACACCUGAGCCACUCGGGCCCAGUCCCCACCCACCAGCUGCGCAAGUACACAGCCCAGCUCCUGGCAGGCCUGGAUUACCUACAUAGCAACUCCGUGGUGCACAAGGUUCUGAGCACGUCCAGUGUCUUGGUAGAUGCCGAGGGCACUGUCAAGAUAACAGACUACAGCAUCUCUAAGCGUCUGGCAGACAUUUGCAAGGAGGAUGUAUUUGAGCAAACUCGAGUUCGUUUUAGUGACAGUGCCCUGCCUUAUAAAACAGGAAAGAAAGGGGAUGUGUGGCGUCUUGGCCUCCUGCUGUUGUCACUCAGCCAAGGACAGGAGUGUGGGGAGUAUCCGGUGACCAUCCCCAGUGACCUGCCAACUGACUUCCAAGACUUCCUGAAGAAGUGUGUCUGCCUGGACGACAAGGAAAGAUGGAGCCCUCAGCAGCUGCUGAAACACAGCUUUAUAAACCCUCAACCAAAACUGCCCUUGGUGGAGCAGAGUCCUGAAGACUCUGAGGGACAAGAUUACGUUGAGACCGUCAUCCCCAGCAACCAGCUGCCCAGCGCUGCGUUCUUCAGUGAGACACAGAAGCAGUUCUCCCGGUACUUCAUUGAGUUUGAAGAACUACAACUCCUAGGGAAAGGAGCUUUUGGAGCUGUUAUCAAGGUGCAAAACAAGCUUGAUGGCUGCUGCUAUGCUGUGAAGCGCAUCCCUAUCAAUCCUGCAAGCAGACACUUCCGCCGGAUCAAGGGCGAGGUGACACUGCUAUCGCGCCUGCACCAUGAGAACAUUGUGCGCUACUACAACGCCUGGAUCGAGCGGCAUGAGCGCCCAGCGGUGCCUGGGACAUCGCCCCCAGACUGCACACCCCAGGCCCAGGACAGCCCAGCCACCUGCGGGAAAACAUCAGGCGACACUGAAGAACUGGGCAGCGUGGAGGCUGCAGCACCGCCACCCAUCCUCAGCAGCUCGGUGGAGUGGAGCACAUCUGCAGAGCGUUCUACCAGCACCCGCUUCCCAGUCACGGGCCAGGAUUCCAGCAGCGAUGAGGAGGACGAGGAUGAGCGCGAUGGCGUCUUCUCCCAGUCGUUUCUACCUGCUUCAGAUUCUGACAGUGACAUCAUCUUUGACAAUGAAGAUGAAAACAGUAAAAGUCAAAAUCAGGAUGAAGACUGCAAUCAAAAGGGCGGUAGCCAUGAGGUUGAGCCUUCAGUGGCAGCUGAGGCUGUGCACUACCUUUAUAUCCAGAUGGAGUACUGCGAGAAGAGCACACUGCGGGACACCAUUGACCAGGGGCUGUUCCGAGACACCAGCCGGCUCUGGAGGCUUUUCCGAGAGAUUCUGGAUGGAUUAGCUUAUAUCCAUGAGAAAGGAAUGAUUCAUCGCGAUUUGAAGCCUGUCAAUAUUUUUUUGGAUUCUGAUGACCAUGUAAAAAUAGGUGACUUUGGCCUGGCCACAGACCAUCUAGCCUUCACUGCUGAAGGUAAACCGGACGACCAGGCAGGUGAUCGAGUGAUUAAGUCAGACCCUUCAGGCCAUUUGACUGGCAUGGUUGGCACUGCUCUGUAUGUAAGCCCUGAGGUCCAAGGAAGCACCAAGUCUGCAUACAACCAGAAAGUGGAUCUCUUCAGCCUGGGAAUUAUCUUCUUUGAGAUGUCUUAUCACCCGAUGGUGACUGCCUCAGAAAGAAUUUUCGUUCUCAACCAACUUCGAGAUCCCACAUCGCCCAAGUUUCCAGACGACUUCGAUGAUGGAGAACAUACAAAGCAGAAAUCUGUCAUCUCCUGGCUGUUGAACCAUGAUCCAGCUAAACGGCCCACGGCCACGGAACUGCUCAAGAGUGAGCUGCUCCCCCCGCCGCAGAUGGAGGAGUCCGAGCUGCAUGAAGUGCUGCACCACACGCUGGCCAACAUAGACGGGAAGGCCUACCGCACCAUGAUGAGUCAGAUCUUCUGCCAGCACAUCUCCCCCGCCAUAGACUACACCUACGACAGUGACAUCUUGAAGGGCAACUUCUUGAUUCGUACAGCCAAGAUCCAGCAGCUUGUAUGUGAAACCAUCGUCCGCGUCUUUAAAAGGCAUGGCGCUGUCCAGCUGUGCACCCCACUGCUGCUUCCCCGAAACAGGCAAAUAUAUGAGCACAACGAAGCGGCUUUGUUCAUGGAUCACAGCGGCAUGCUGGUGAUGCUUCCGUUCGACCUGCGGGUCCCUUUUGCAAGAUAUGUGGCAAGAAAUAACAUACUGAAUUUAAAACGAUACUGCAUAGAGCGGGUGUUCAGACCUCGGAAGUUAGACCGAUUUCAUCCCAAAGAACUCCUGGAAUGUGCAUUUGAUAUCGUCACUUCUACCACCAACAGCUCUCUGCCCACUGCCGAAACCAUCUACACCAUCUAUGAAAUAAUCCAGGAGUUUCCUGCACUUCAGGAAAGAAAUUACAGUAUUUACUUGAACCAUACGAUGCUUCUGAAGGCAAUACUCCUACACUGUGGGAUCCCAGAGGAUAAGCUCAGCCAAGUCUACGUUAUUCUGUAUGAUGCUGUGACAGAGAAGCUGACUAGGAGAGAAGUGGAAGCUAAAUUCUGUAACCUGUCCUUGUCUUCUAAUAGCCUGUGUCGACUCUACAAGUUCAUCGAGCAGAAGGGGGAUUUGCAAGACCUAACGCCAACCAUCAACUCACUAAUAAAACAGAAAACAGGAGUUGCUCAGUUGGUGAAGUAUAGCUUAAAAGACCUCGAGGAUGUUGUCGGGCUGCUGAAGAAACUUGGCAUGAAGUUACAGGUCUCCAUCAACCUGGGCUUGGUCUACAAGGUGCAGCAGCACACUGGCAUCAUCUUCCAGUUCCUGGCAUUCAGCAAACGCAGGCAGAGGGUUGUGCCUGAGAUCCUUGCCGCCGGUGGCAGAUACGACCUGCUGAUUCCCAAGUUCAGAGGCCCACAGACUGUGGGGCCAGUCCCCACUGCUGUCGGUGUCAGCAUAGCCAUAGACAAGAUAUUUGCUGCUGUCCUCAACAUGGAAGAGCCUGUUACAGUGAGCUCCUGUGAUCUCCUGGUUGUCAGUGUUGGCCAGAUGUCCAUGUCCAGGGCCAUCAACCUAACCCAGAAACUGUGGACAGCAGGCAUCACUGCAGAAAUCAUGUAUGACUGGUCCCAGUCCCAGGAAGAGUUACAAGAGUACUGCAGACACCAUGAAAUCACCUAUGUGGCUCUGGUCUCUGAUAAAGAAGGAAGCCAUGUCAAGGUCAAGUCCUUUGAGAAGGAGAGGCAAACAGAAAAGCGUGUAUUGGAAUCGGAUCUUGUGGAUCACGUUAUGCAGAAACUAAGAACCAAAGUUGGUGACGAAAAAAAUUUCAGAGACGCUUCUGAUAAUCUUGCCGUACAAUCUCUGAAGGGGUCGUUUUCUAAUGCUUCAGGUUUGUUUGAAAUCCAUGGAACUACAGUAGUCCCCAACGUGAUUGUUCUAGCACCAGAAAAGCUGUCAGCCAGCACCAGGAGGCGACAUGAGAUUCAGGUACAAACCCGACUUCAGACUGCGCUUGCCAAUUUACAUCAGAAAAGCAGUGAAAUUGAAAUUUUGGCUGUGGACCUACCCAAGGAAACAAUCUUACAGUUUCUAUCAUUAGAGUGGGAUGCUGAUGAACAGGCAUUUAACACAACUGUGAAGCAGCUGCUGUCACGCCUGCCAAAGCAAAGAUACCUCAAACUCGUCUGCGAUGAAAUUUAUAACAUCAAAGUUGAAAAGAAGGUGUCAGUGCUGUUCCUGUACAGCCUCAGAGAUGACUACUACAGAAUCCUAUUUUGACCCUAAAGAACUGCUGCUGUAUUGUUCAAAUGGACAAGGACUUAUACUGAAAUAAUGGAAUGUUGUGCAUUCAAUUCAUUUUAACUUAAAAUUCUAAUAAGCUGUCCUACAAAGCUAAGCUUUGUCGGGUUUUCAUGUAUAAAUUUACCUUUUUGAUAUAAUAAAUGUUUCAUACAUA